AUGAAGACACAAACCAUGAACCUCACACAACCAAAGGUCACUCCUGGUACUAUCGAUGAAGACGAUGUCUACAGAAAUAGAUUUGCUCGUCCUGGUAAGCCACUUGAAUCAAACAUCAUCAUUGAAAGUGGUGCACUUCGUAAGCUGGAGACUCGAGGGCGAGAGUUCGUCCCAGCGCUGUGUCACGAAGCUAAGAACUACCUCGUCGUUGACGAGAUAGUCGACGAGGUCUACGGUGAUAAGGUACUCCAAGGUUUCCGCGACGCAGGAUUGGAUGUGUACAAGAUCGUCACUCCCGCCGAUGCCGUCGACGAGAGUGGAAAUCCCAGUGCUGAACGCCACAAGACGCUUGCUGUGUUCUCUAACUGUGUGAAUGAGAUCCUGGAAUCCGGUAUUUCCAAGAACUCUUGCAUUAUCUCCUUGGGUGGUGGAGUUGUGAAUAAUUUGUGUGGUUUCAUCGCCUCGUCUCUCUACCGUGGUAUCACAUUGGUUCACAUCACAACGUCCAUGAUGGGAAUGACUGAUGCCGCCAUCGACUUCAAGCAAGCCGUGAACCAUCAGCUGGGGAAGAAUCUGCUUGGAUCAUACUACCCUGCCACCAAUAUUGUUAUUGAUCCUGAGGUCUUGGAAACCCUGUCGAAAAGACACAUCCUAAAUGGUAUCUCUGAGGCUCUGAAGCACGCCCUGUGUCAGUCCAGGAAUAUGACUGAGGCCAUUGUCGAUCCAUUGGACAAUGAUAUCCACCAAGCCCUCCGCAAUUCUGAGUACCUCGAGAUGGUCUGCCGCGAGUGUAUUGACCACAAGGUCCCGACUCUGACCCAUUACCAUGAGUCAGACUUCAAUGAGAUGGUUCCGCAAUAUGGGCAUGCCAUUGCCCACGCUGUCGAGCAUUUGUCCUUUCACUCUAAGGGUGUAAGUCCACUGUUGCACGGUGAGGCUGUCGCCAUUGGAAUGUGUGUGACUGCCGAGGUCAGCCAUAUUCUGGGAGUGUGUGACGAGAGCACAGUUGACGAGCACUACAGCUAUGUCUCAAGAGCUGGCCUUCCUGUUUACGUCCCUGACGGAAUUGGAAUCGAGGGUAUCCAGAACAAGCUGUGCUAUGAUAAGCACUACGUCAAGAAGCCCACUAUGGGUCUGCUGGCGGAGAUUGGCAAAAUGCACUGUAAUCGUGACGGUUCGUUUUCUGUGGAAGUUGACAACGAAGUCAUCAAUCAAGCGUUGGUAAAUCACAUGAAGAGAAGAGACGAGGCUGACAGAUGUAGUGACUUGUACACUAUUGAGGCCAGUAACACGCUCAAGACCGGCCACCCAUCCUCAGCCGGGUUCACUGUCGCAUCGGAUGGUUCCGAUUCUAAUCCAGCAUCUGAUCGCUCACACAGUCGCAGCGAUAGCAUGGAAAGUGGAAGCGAUCGUUCGAGUAGUCCUGCUACGUUCGAUUGGGACCCAAUGACUGCCAAGACAUUCGGAACUCGGCAACAAGGAAUCAGUAACUGCUAUUGCAACCCAUGGGAAUGCCAAUGUUGA